UACUAAUCAAUAUACGUGUAUUGUCAGUAUUCUAUAGAUAUUUAGGUCUAUUGGUAGGGGUAAUUUAUAUUCUAGGCCUAAUUGUAUAUAAAAUAUAGUCAUUUUUGUAUCAUAUAAAGUUGCUGUUAAACUUCUGGAGUAGUGUAAAAAUUCAAAGAUGCCUGUUUUUACUGUCAAUGUUAAAUGGGGGAAGGAGAUAUACAAAGCUGUUGAAUUGUCAACAGACGAACCUCCAGAAGUAUUCAAGGCUCAGCUAUUCACGCUGACAAGUGUUGCUCCUGAACGGCAGAAAGUUAUGUUGAAAGGGGUCGUGAUAAAAGAUGAUUGGGGAAAAGCUAAAUUAAAAAACGGAGUUACUAUACUCAUGAUGGGAUCAGCAGCCGAACUCCCCAAAGAGCCAGCUGAAAAAACUGUAUUUCUUGAAGAUUUGUCAGAGUCUCAACUAGUAUCUGCUAUGGAUCUUUCUACUGGCCUACAAAACCUUGGCAAUACUUGUUACAUGAAUUCAACUGUUCAAUUAUUGAAGACAGUUCCUGAAUUGGGUGAUGCACUUAAACAAUUUAACGGCCAAGCUUUAUCAAAUAUAGAGACAGAUGUUUCUGGCUCUAUCACAGCUAGUUUAAGGGAUUUAUAUUCUCAAAUGGAAGAAAAGAAAUACGCUGAAGUUCCUCCCUUGUUCCUUCUCCAUUUACUUAGGAAGCAAUGUCCUCAAUUUGCUGAAAAGAAUAAUGAAGGACACUUUAUGCAGCAGGAUGCUAAUGAAUGUAUUAUGGAAGUCAUGAGAAUCCUUCAACAGAACUUAAAAUCGACUGGAAAAAGGAAAGAUUUUAUUGAUCAAUUUUUUGGAGUUGAUUAUAGUGUAACAAUGAAAUGCAAAGACGAGGAGGCAAUAGAAGAAGCUGAAACAAAAUUUCCAGAAUCAUCUCUUCAAGUUAAUUGUUUUAUAUCGCAAGAAGUUAAAUACAUGAUGACUGGAAUCAAAUCCAAACUUUGUGAAGAAAUAACAAAGCAUUCACCCUCUCUAGGAAGAGAUGCCAAAUAUCAAAGAGAGAGUAAAAUCAGCAGAUUACCAUCAUAUCUUUGUAUCCAGAUGGUCAGAUUUUUUUUCAAAGAAAAGGGAAACAUAAACGCCAAAAUUUUAAAAGAUGUGAAGUUUCCAAUGACUUUUGAUAUGUAUGAAUUGUGUACUCCUGAGUUACAAAACAAGUUGAGUCCAAUGAGAGAAAAAUUUCUUGCAGAAGAAGAGAGAAAAAAUGAAGAGAAAGCUGCAAUCAAGUUAAAGGGAGGAGAUGCAUUAGCAAUCAGAAACAAGAGAAAAAAAGAUUUGGAAUAUGAACGUUAUGACUUUGAAAAUGAUCCUGGAUCAUCCAAUAGUGGUUAUUAUGAACUUCAAGGUAUUGUAACUCAUCAAGGAAGGUCAAGUUCAUCAGGACAUUAUGUAGCAUGGAUCAAAAAGAAAGGAGAUGAUUGGUUGAAAUGUGAUGAUGAUACUGUGAGUCCUGUUAAAGGUGAAGAUAUUUUGAAAUUGUCUGGUGGAGGCGAUUGGCAUAUUGCAUAUGUGUUAUUGUAUGGACCUCGAAGACUGGAAAUUCAUCAACCUGCAAAAACUGAUUCAACAACAGCUGAAACUCCAAUUUCUAUGGAAACUGAUACUAAUUGAAUCAGAAAUAGUUAAAUAGUGGUCUAAAACAUUCCCAAUGGUUUUGUUAGCAUCAGUCAUAGCAACGUAAGAUUGGAAAGUUGUCGAUAUAUAUAGCACCUAUUGUGCAAUUUGGUUAUAACUUAGUGACUAAGCAAAGCUGCUAAAUUAUUAAUAUACAUUUUGAUAGACCUAGGUCAUUUUUGUAUGAAAUUUUUCGUCUAUGAAAGUUCAAUUGUGGAAAUGUUUUCGUUCAAUAAACCUAUCAUCAGCGAAAUCUGAAAAUGUAA